AUGGCGGUCCGGGCCGCAAUGACGCUGCUCUUUCUCCUGCGACCCACCGGAUCCGCCGAUUUCGUCCAUUAUUAUCAGGUGCAAUCCGGGCAGAGAUCGGGAAACGUGAAGGUGGAAUACGCCGGAAUAACGCUCGCAAACUGCACUCUCACCAGCGCGAAUCAGAGUCCAGGUCCUAGCAACGACUUCAACUACCGGGAAAGCGACGGUCUCUGCCAACUGAUUCUUCCGGGAAAUGACGUCCUCGUGCCAUCCGAUGGAUUCUUGUCUUUCGUCUUGAGAAAUGGAAUUGAUGCCACGCAAGUGACACGUCCCCUCUCUCCAUCAGACACCGUUACGCAAUCCGCAGACGGGGAACAGCACGCGUAUCCAGAAUGUCUGCUGACGCAGAAGGGCAAGGAAUACAUCGGAACAACGAACGUGACAGCAUCGGGAAGGGAAUGCCUGACAUGGGCCGACAUGCCCUAUGGACUCUCCGACGAUUCCCCUUCCAUCGAGCACUGGGAGAACUUCCUCGACCUCAACGAUUCGUCCCAACACAAUCACUGCCGGAACCCGAACUGGAGGGAGAGACCCUGGUGCUUCGUCCCCGACGCUGACAUCCUAUGGGAAUACUGCGACAUCCCGACGUGCACUGACUUGGAAGACACGCUUCAAGUUCGGCACCGACCACCCGUCUUCUACCGUGGCUAUUCCAUUGUGCCUUAUGGACAGCGUCUCGAGACUAGGACUGAGGAUGGACGGCAAGUCGGUGAGUGCAUUCCCCCCCAAUUCGACCUUCCUGAGGUGGGCGAGGCGCGGGAGGGCCUCCCAGGGGAAGUCCCGCAGGGCGCUGCCAGCGAUUGCAAGGCGAUCGAGGCGGCGUCUCGAGGGGAGGAGGGCGGAGGCGUCCACCGUGGUCGCGGCGGUGUUGGAGACGAUGAUCCUCGGGAAGGUGAUGGAGCCGGACGGGCCUUCUGGGAGCUCUGA